GGCGCGCGGGCUCACAUGACUGGCCGUGCGAUGGACCCGCUGCCCGCCGCGGCAGUCCCGGCGGCGGCUGAGGCGGAGGCUGACGAGGAGGCGGAUCCCCCAGCGACAGGCCUGCCAAUGCCCCAGGACAUUGAGCGCAGGCUCUCCGAUUCCAGUCGAAUGCAGCGGCCCCAGGGGAACCCGCUGCUGCUGUCCUAUAGCCUGCAGGAGCUGCUGGCCCGUGAUACUGUGCAGGUGGAGCUCAUCCCCGAGAAGAAGGGCCUCUUCCUCAAGCAUGUGGAGUAUGAGGUUUCCAGCCAGCGCUUCAAGUCCUCUGUGUAUAGACGUUACAAUGACUUCGUGGUGUUCCAUGAAAUGCUGCUCCACAAGUUCCCAUACCGCAUGGUGCCAGCCCUUCCACCCAAGAGAAUGCUGGGAGCGGACAGGGAGUUCAUCGAGGGCCGGAGGAGGGCCCUGAAGCGCUUCAUUAACCUGGUGGCCCGGCACCCUCCGUUCUCCGACGAUGUCAUCCUCAAGCUCUUCCUCUCCUUUAGUGGCUCGGAUGUGCAGAACAAGUUGAAAGAAGCAGCCCAGUGCGUUGGAGAUGAAUUCAUGAACUGUAAGCUGGCUGCUAGGGCCAAGGACUUCCUCCCAGCUGACAUCCAGACUCAGUUUGCCAUGAGCCGGGAGCUGAUUCGAAACAUCUACAACAGUUUCUACAAGCUGCGCGACAGGGCGGAGCGGAUGGCAUCCCGGGCCAUUGACAAUGCCUCUGAUCUUCUCAUAUUCGGGAAGGAGCUCAGUGCUUUAGGGUCUGACACUACCCCGCUGCCCUCGUGGGCCGCCCUGCACCUCAGCACAUGGGGCUCCCUGAAGCAGGCGCUCAAGGGCCUGUCUGUGGAGUUUGCACUGCUGGCUGACAAGGCCGCACAGCAGGGCAAACAGGAAGAGAAUGAUGUGGUGGAGAAGCUGAACCUUUUCCUGGACCUACUUCAGUCCUACAAAGACCUGUGCGAGCGUCACGAGAAGGGCGUACUGCACAAACAUCAGCGUGCCCUGCACAAGUAUGGCCUGAUGAAGAGGCAGAUGAUGAGUGCAGCACAUGGCCGUGAGCCUGAGACCGUGGAGCAGCUGGAGUCCCGCAUUGUGGAGCAAGAGAACGUGAUCCAGACCAUGGAGCUGCGGAACUACUUCUCCCUGUACUGCCUGCACCAGGAGACGCAGCUGGUCCACGUCUACCUGCCCCUCACCUCCCACAUCCUUGGGGCCUUCGUGAACUCACAGAUCCAGGGCCAUAAGGAGAUGAGCAAAGUGUGGAACGACCUGAAGCCCAAGCUCAGCUGCCUCUUUGCUGGACCUCAUGGCACCCUGACACCGCCAGGCUCCCCACAGGAGGAUGGAGUGUGUCCCCACUAGUGCCUGAGGCCUCAGAGCUCCCUGUGGCCUCACUAAACCCUCUUUGCCAAUGCUGUGGGAUGGCUGAGUCACUUCCGAUAGCAGCUGGGCCUCUGAUGGGACCAAAGCAGAGGCUCUCCUUUUCCACCCUCCCACUGUGUUCCCUGGGCCUCUUGGUGGUCUUUAUUCCUUCUACCUGGCAGGAGGCCUGCUGGCCCCGUUGUGAGAAGUAGGACACUCUGGGAUGCACUUGGGUCAUUGCCAUACAGCCUAGGGCAGCAUAGAAGGGUCCCUGGGUCCCGGACUAGUACAGAGGGCUGGACUGGAGGGUCAGUCAGCAGUGGGAGAGAGAGGGGACAGUGCCAUCUGGUGGGGAGAUGGCAGUCUCAGGGUGAGAGGUCUGGCUGUGGGUCGGGACCUGCAGACACUCUGGGUGUAGCGUUGCUACUAUAGGGCUGAAGGCCACGGUCACAGUGGUGAAUGGGUUACACUGCCGUGAGCACCACUGUGCUCAACUGAUCUUUAGACCAUUUCUUCCUUUUGGGCAGCUGCACUCCUCCUGGGCUCCCUCCCACCUGCCCUCAGCCCUAGGGGCCAGGGGAGGGAGGGCUGCAGGCAUUGCCACCAGGGUCUCUUUGUGGGUACCACGCAGCUUCCUUGGCCCAGGAGAGUGCUGGAGGCCCUGCUGGGCAGGGACAGCAGAAAGCUCUCUGAGGACAUGGGUCUCCAUCUUCUCCCUGAAUGGCAGAGGGCCUCCUUGGCUCUCUGAAGACAACCUUCCCUCAUGGAAGACAGUUCCUGAUCACUAUGUGGAACUGUACCAUUCCCAGGGCUGUCCUUCUACAUGGUGACAGUAGAGCUGCAGGGCCUGAGCCUACCUGUGCCAAAGGUUGCAGCAGUGUUGAGGCCUCUGAGGGCCUGGGGCCCAGUCAAGGCCACUUGUCUGCCAGCCUGUCCCUGGGACCAGAGGUAGGGGAACUGUGGGCAGGACCCAGGGUGAGUAGCUAGGUCACACUCCUAAUGUCCUCCAGGUUCUGUGAUCUAGAGGCUGAGGGUGGGGGAAGAGGAGGCAGGAAGGCUGCCUCAGGCCACCCUGCCAUCCCCAGGCACUCUAGAGGAAGGCCUAAGGAAUUUAGGGCAGCAGAGCCCAGUCACUCCUGGCCCAGGCUUGCUCCAGGUGGAGUGACUGAAGUCCCUUCACCCUUCUUGGCUCUCCUGCUGCCAUGCUCUGGCCGGACACUACAGUGGGAACUUCAUAAGAAUCCUGUCCAGGGCAAGGUGUCUGAGUGAGUGAGGGUUCAGCUGAAGCCCUGGCUGGUCCUGAGAGCCGGGGGAGUGCCGGGCUGGCUGGCUCCCUCCAGCCCUGGGGAGAAGGCAGCCCCAGGAAACCGCUGUGGGAAAAACAGGGACCCUGUGCUGUUGGAGGCCUUUCCCAGGCCUUUGUGGAAGCCAGCUCUAUGUAUGAAGCACUUUAUGGGCUGCAGAAAUCAGUUACUACUAUACCCAAUAAACUGGAAGUGUUUACAAACCGUUUUUACUCUGCUGUUUACCCAAAAAUCCUUGGUGAAGUUAAUAGUGGACACAGCUCUCAGUUCUUUCUCUGCUUCUUGGUGGUUCCCAAUUGGAAGAGAAUGGCCCUUGUAUUCUGAGGAGAAGCCUGCUACAUGCCAGGAUUGGCCUUUGACUGGUUUUUGUUUGUUUGUUUGUUUUUGGUCCAUCAUGGGACUGAACUCUGGGCCU